UUUAUUUUUUUUGAUAUAAGAGAAUUUUUUUGAAGAAGAUUUUGAUAUUCAGAAGGUGAAAAACAAAACCCCAUAUUUUUUUCCAGCAACUAGACAGACGGUUGCCUCUUUGCGUUCCUUUCCCGUCAACGAUCGCCGGCGUAUUCUAUUCCUUGGUUGCUUCGUUAACCACCCAAUCCAGAGUACUUGUAUUUCAGAUGUUUUGGGCCUCAAAUGUUUCCGAAACAUCCUCUGUUUUUUGGCUGUGAUGGUCUCGAAUGGAGCAAAGAUUGAUAUCUUGACUUGGGAUGGUACCCUUUCGUCGAGUGACUUCUGUGCUGCUGCACUUGCUUUCACUGAGAAAUGGAAGAGGUUUAACUCUACUACUCUCUCUCAGUGGUCAUGGGUCCCUUGUCUAAAAUGCCCCUGGAUUGCUGCCCAUGAAGCAGAAGGAUAUUUGUCGCUAGAGAAUGUGUUUCUUCCAAGGUCUGUCUGUAACUGUCUUGUACAGGAAGAGCAUGAUGAACAAAGCCAGACAGUACAUGACGAUCUGAGUUGCUCUGGUCAGGAUGAUGAUAUUGAUAAUGCAAUUUUGGUUCGGAGCUAUGAUCAUGAAGUACAUCGUUAUGAUUUUCACAUAGUGUACAGCUCGUCAUAUAAGGUUCCAGUGCUUUAUUUCCGCGCAUACCGCAGUGAUGGACAACCUUUAGUAUUGGAUGACAUUGAAAAGGAUCUCCCCGCAAACUCUGCAAAGGUGCUGAUGGAAUCAAAAUGGACAUUCAUAACUCAGGAGGAGCACCCCUACUUGAACAGGCCAUGGCACACACUACAUCCAUGUGGAACCAGUGAAUGGAUGAAACUGCUGUUUAUAACUGAUGCUUCACAGGCUAAAGGUGGAGUGGCAUUUGAGAAAUAUCUUGUAUCAUGGCUCUCAGUCGUUGGGCAGGUGGUUCGUCUUAGGAUUCCAUUUGAAAUGUUGAGUGAUUCUGGUCAGUUGUAGUUGAUGACUAUCCUUCGGACAUGAGUGUCAGUUAGUCGUAUUAAAAGAAGAUUGUAAAGCAAUUCUGUAACAGAACCAAAAGUCUAUUUCAUCCCUCUGCUCUGGCAUUUAACUUUGAGUGUUGGUCCUGGAGUACUUAAUCAAUUUUUAAUUUAUUUUUUUCACCAGCCCGCAGAGAUUGGGCUAUGCCUUCUGGAAGGACUAAUUUAGUUUGAUAUCUCAGCUCACAUUUGGAUUUGCUUUGGUAAUUGCUAAGCAGACAUUGCUGUGAUACUAAAUUUAUUGUUUUCCCCAACUA